ACAGAGAGGAGUUGAAGGGAGAAGAAGCCGCCAGGGCCCCAGAGCGGCGGUUGCCAUGGGGCCAGCUAGCGGGACCCCCUCCAGGGGAUCGGCAGUCCAGCACCCGCCACCAGCAGGACCAACGGUCAGGGGGGAGGAUGGAAGCUGCAGGCCAUUGCCAGGGGACACCCCAGGGGUGAAGGCCAAGGGGAGAGCAGGGCAGCUGGAGCUCAUGCGGAAGAGACGCCCGGGCAGCUGGAAGAUUCAGGAGAGAUGAAAGAAAGGCGGGGAGAUAAACCGCGGAACUCGCUGCCACAGGAGGAAGUGAUGACCACUAAUCGAGAUGGCUUUAGAAGACGGUAGGACAUAUUCCAGGGGUUGGACUAAAUGACUGACCCCUGGUGUCCCUUCCAAUUCCGCAGUUCUGUGUUACAAGUAAGAAACCAAGAGGAAAGGAAUUUCAUCAAGGAAUGGGGGAAAUUCGUGGGAUAUUUGAAUACAAAGAAGUUCGUUAGCAGGAUCAACGUAAGACAAGCAGUUAAAAGUAAUGCUAUAGAAAUAUUAGGAAGCAAUUAAUAGACAGACUAACGUAGGAAAUGCAGUAUUUUAAAAUAAAAUUAUAAGAAACUGCAACAGCGGAGAAGGAAAGUCAAUAUAUAUAUGCUUAGUGGGAAAAUAUUUGAUUUGUGCGCCUCUGAAUCCCAGUUGCUGGAGCCGCAGGAGGGAGAGUUGCUCUUGUGCUUGGGCCAUGUUUGUGGUUUUCCCAUUGGGGGCAUCUGGUCAGCCAGAGGGAGACCCAGAGGCCUGAUCCGGCUGAAGGCUCUUCUCCCCUGACUCUCUGAUGUCCAGAGGAGAAUUUCCCAGGAACGUCAGAGGAGUCUGCUGGAUCAGACCCUGUUGAGGGAUCCCAAUGUCCAGCCCGGCCUCCCCUUCUCCAGGGUGUCCAGACAGAGGCCAAGGGUGGGAACCUGCAAUCCGGCCCCCGGCCCCCUUCCAGCGCUGCAGGGCGGCCUCUGACCUGGGGAACCCUGUUGAGGGAAGUUUUUAAUGUCUGACGCUGUACAGUGGUCCCUCGGGUUAAGUCCUUAAUUCGUUCCGGAGGUCCGUUCUGAACCUGAAACUGUUCUUAACCUGAAGCACAAUUUUAGCUAAUGGGUACUCCUGCUGCUGCCGCGACGAUUUCUGUUCUCAUCCUGAAGCAACGUGCUUCACCCGAGGAACUCUUGCGGGGUAAGCGGAGUCUGGAACCUGAAGCGCCUGUAACCUGGAAGUGUAUGUAACCUGAGGUACCACUGUAUUGUUUUUAAUAUUCGGUUGGAAGCUGCCCAGAGUGGCUGGGGAAACCCAGCCAGAUAGGCGGGGUAUAAAUAAUAAUAAUAAUAAUAAUAAUUGGGGCCACCGGAACCUUAGAACCGGAACCCUGGAGUUGGAAGGGGCCCUGGAACCAUUUCUUCCAACCUCCUGCAAGGCAGGGCCCUGUGCUAAUUGUGCCUAGGACUAGAGGUCUGGCGUGGGGAGAGGGACCCCCAGAGGUCAUCCAUCCCAACCCCCUGCCUGCAGCAGGGAUCUCAGCUCCCUGUAAAUCUGGUCCCCUUGUAAGCCGCCUUGAGCAGUGUUUUCACUACGGAAAGGCGGCAUACAAAUAAAAUGCUGAGGAUGAUGAUGGGCCCGGGAAGCUCCUCCUGCCGUGCAGGCAGGGGGUUGGGAUGGAUGACCUCUGGGGACCCCGCCCCCCCGCGCUCCCGGCCCGGCCGCCUCCUGAGGCGGGGAGUUCCGCCGCCCCUCCCGCCCAGCAUGGCGGCCCCUGCCCCCCCCCGGCAUGCGCGCCCCCGCGCCCUCACCGCCAGGCUGAGGAAGGUGGAGGAGACUUCGCGCAGAGACGGGCGCGCCCCGCGAGACGCCGCCAGCAGCCGCGUCGCCAUGGCAACUCCGCCCGGCCGCCAAUCGCCCGCGCCCCGCCGGCCACCGUCCUGACGUCAGCGCGCCCGGGCGCCGUCUCCAUGACAGCGGGGCAAGCGGGCCGGAGGAGGAAGAGGCGCCGGAGAAGGCGGCGGGUGAGGCGGGGGCGCCGCGGGCCGGGAGGGGGCGGCGGGGGCCGGGAAGGGCCGGGACGUCGCCUCGCUGCCCCCGGAGCGGGAGAGCGCGCGCAUGCGCCCUGCGCGGCGGUGACUGGGCCGCCUCGCCGCUGGGCGGGGCCUCCGCACGCCCCGCCCCUGUUCCCGAGCCCUGAGGAGCUAGAUGUCGGCGUGCGGGGAGGCAGGGAGAGAGCGGAGGCCCCUUGGGCAGAGGGAGGGGAGCAUAGCUGGCAACGUACAGAGUUGAAACUAAGGGGCCAGCAGCCAAAAGAAGGGAUUUUAGCCAACCAGCUGAAAUGCGGAGUUAAAAGGGACCAGAUAAUUUGGGAGAGCAGCGCCGGUUUUUAGCCCUUCGUUUCCAGACACCAGCUGAUGAAACACUGCAAUUAAAUAGCUCCAAGCAGCAACCACUUUUGGCGCAAAACGAAGGCCAAGCUGCAAAGGUGCUGCUGCAGUUCUGCAUCUUUUCUCCUGUGCUCCAUCUGCAGCUCCCAGUUCCAUCAGGCGGGGCGGGAGGAAGGGGGGGGAAUAGCACCCGAAGUAAACACGCAGAUCAGACCAUCUAUGCUAGUCUACCACUACUAAUCUAUGGGUCCUUCCUCUGCUCCCCCCCCCAUGCUUAGCCCUUGGAACACCUGCCUCCUCCUACUGCUAGUUGUCGGCGUGCGGGGAGGGAGAGAGCGGAGGCGCCUUGGGACUCCUGGGCCUCUGGAGCCCGCCUUUCUCCCCCCAGCACAACCCCCCCCCCCGGCGAGGGAGCGCAGGUGGCGCUGUGGGUUAAACCACAGAGCCUAGGACUGGGCCAGCGCUCUGCACAUGCUCAGGAACGCUCUGGGGCUGAGGUCUGGCUCUGGAGGGUGAUAACGGAGAAAUCCGAGGGCACUCAGGAGAGUCAUGGCCCUCUCCUGAAUGAUGCUGGAGGAAAGAAGAUGGGGGAUUUUUUGCUGCCAUGAACUUCCUUGCAUCCCAAGACCUAAUAAUAAUAAUAAUAAUAAUUUAUUUAUACCCUGCCCUCCCCAAGCAAAGGCUGGGCUCAGGGCGGCUAACACAAGCGAGGAAGACCAGAGCAAAACAGCAGCCAGGAGGCUUGGUCUUGAUGGAAGACUGUCGCGACAGGACUCCCACCUGCCACAAGGUGGAACAAGAUGGAAACCCCGAACAAAAGAAGACCCCAACUUUUAUUAGCUGCUCAUCCCCAUGUUAGGGACGCGGGUGGCGCUGUGGGUUAAACCACAGAGCCCAGGACUUGCCAAUCAGAAAGUUGGCAGUUUGAAUCCCAGCGACGGGGUGAGCUCCCAUUGCUCAGUCCCUGCUCCUGCCAACCUAGCAGUUCAAAAGCACGUCAAAGUGCAAGUAGAUAAAUAGGUACCGCUCCGGCGGGAAGGUAAAUGGCGUUUCCAUGCGCUGCUCUGGUUCGCCAGAAGUGGCUUAGUCAUGCUGGCCACAUGACCCGGAAGCUGUACGCCGGCUCCCUCAGCCAGUAAAGCAAGAUGAGCGCCACAACCCCAGAGUUGGCCAUGACUGGACCUAAUGGUCAGGGGUCCCUUUACCUUACUUUUUCUGACACCCCAACCCUGACACCCCAGACCUCAGUCAGGCACCGGCAAGAGCAGCUCCCGAAGCAUAGCUGUCAACAUUUCCCUUUUCUUGCGAGGAAUCCUAUUCGGAAUAAGGGAAUUUCCUUUUAAAAAAGGCAAACGUUGACAGCUAUGCCCGGAAGGCACAGAGGGCAAAGGGGGCCCGGAGGGAAUUGCCAGCAGGAGCCCCUAGCCCACCUCUCUCUCUAGAGGCUGGAAGUGUUCCUGAGGGGUGCUCAGGGUGCCAGACCCAGGUUCAAAUCCUCCCUCGGGAAUGGAUUUUGGAGGGCAGCCCUUGAGCCAGCCCCACCCUUUCUGCCUCGCCUCCCCUUGGCAGGGUUGCUGCGGAAACGCAACAGGGAAGGGGAAGAACUGUGCAUGCGACCUUGAGGCCCCUGCCAGCCAGCUGGUGCAGAGGGACUUUCUGGCGGAUCAGGCCCUGCUUUGUUAGGGCAGGGAGGGGGCAGAGGGAGGCAGCUGGGAUUCUGCAGCUGAUGAAGCCACAGGAAGGCUCCCAUCCACCAUGCCUGGCUCUGGGCUGGCGUGCAGCUGAGCCUGAGUCAAGAAUGGGUAACGGAUCCCGAGGGACAAAGUGCCGGGCACCCAGAGUCCUGGCCUGCUCCAUCCCUCCUCAUAUGUGCCUGCAGGCGUUCAUUUUCGUUAAUGCACGCAUAUUUAAAACAUAACCAGCAAAGAAUCUUGUGCAUGUCCAACAGAUUUGUUAUGGUGUUAUCCCUUGUGGAUCAUGAAUCCAGUGCCUGGCGCUUGAUGUGUAAUUCUGAUGCCACACGGGAGUGUGAAAGUUGAAACAAAACAAAACAAAUAAAUAAAAAAAUCUUUCCAGCAGCACCUUAGAGACCAACUAAGUUGGUUAUUGGUAUGAGCUUUCAUGUGCAAAGGUUUGGGGAGGGAACGUUGGAGCUAAAUGACAGUGAAGUGGAAAUUGUAACCACCUGAUAUUUCAGUUGGAGCUUAAGUGUAUGCAAAAGAAUCACAGGGACACUUUGCCUGGAAGGGAGUCACAAAGAUGAUGAUGAUGAUGAUGAUGAUGAUAAUGAUAAUAAUAAUAUAUUUAUAUCCUGCCUAUCUGGCUGGGUUUCCCCAGCCACUCUGCUGGGCAGCUCCCAACAGAAUAUUAAAAACAGAAUAAAACAUCAAACAUUUAAAAAAUGGGUCCAUGACACCUCCUAGCAGCCUCAGGGGCCAAGGUGAACAUUCCAAACGGUGCAGAAGAUGUCAAAAGCCAUCCUGGUGGCUCAGGUAGUGAUGGUGGUCCAGGGCUGCCGCACCUGUGGAGGACUCAGACCUUCAUAGAACUGUAGAGUUGGAAGGGACCCCAGGGGCCAUCUAGUCCAACCCCCUGCAAUGCAGGAAUCUCAACGGAAGCAUCCAUCCUAGGUAGACACCCGUCACUGCACUUCCCAUCAUCCCUGACCAUUGACUGCACUGGCUGGGUCUGAUGGGAGUUGUAGUCCAAUCCAGAGGGCCAGUAUUUCAGCGUUCUGCCCGGACACUGAGGUCCAGCUCUGAGGGCCUUCUGGCGGUUCCUUGCUGCAAGAAGCCAAGUUACAAGGAACCAAGCAGAGGGCCUUCUUGGUAGUGGCGCCCGCCCUGUGGAAGCCCUCCCACCAGAUGUCAAAGAGAAAAAUAACUACCAAACUUUUAGAAGACAUCUGAAGGCAGCCCUGUUUAGGGAAGCUUUUAAUGUUUAAUAGGUUAUUGUAUUUUAGUGUUUUGCUAGAAGCCGCCCAGAGUGGCUGGGGAAACCCAGCCAGAUGGGCGGGGUAUAAAUAAUAAAUUAUUAUUAUUAUUAUUAUUAUUACUACCUGGCUGGCUCUCAAGCUGUGCUGCUGCCUGUCUCGGGUGCCUUCCUCUGCCUCUUGGCCUCAUGCCCCUUCUCUCCCCCCACCCACUUUCCUCCUCCAGUCUCCCCCAAGCAGGAUGUACCGAAAGGAGAAGAGCAUUUUGCUGAAGGACAGCAGCCUGGCGCUGUACAACAACAUGAGCGUCCUGCCCCUCCCGGCCAAGCAGCUCACCUACUUUGCCAGCGUGCAUGGCACCACCGUCAACAUGGUGAGCGCCUCCGACGACGGCCUCAGCUUCUCCCACCGCCAGCUGCAGGCCAAGGAGGGCAGCCUGGGCGUCGGGGCCUCCAUCAUCACCCAGGUAACGGGGCUGGCAGGGAGGGAGGGAGGGAGAGAGGAGAGCCCGUCCCCAGCUCCCUGCCCAAUCAAUGCCCCACAGGGCAGCUGCUCUUCUGCUGUCACUGAGAAGCCAAUAUCGGCACCCUGAGGCGUCAACAUUGGCCAGCCCAGAACAUGCUGAUCGAAAGGGCGAUUGGAACAGGCUGGGGCAGAGAGGAAUCUGCCUGGCCAGAAGUGCAGGCCUUUAUUUAUUUAUUUAUCUAUUUAUCUAUUUUAAUUAUUUUUAUUUUCUUAACGUAUAAAACAUAUGUACAUAUAAAACACAUACAUACAUUUGCAUAAUACAGUGGUACCUCGGGUUAAGUACUUAAUUUGUUUUGGAGGUCCAUUCUUAACCUGAAACUGUUCUUAACCUGAAGCACCACUUUAGCUAAUGGGGCCUCCCGCUGCCGCUGCGCCGCUGGAGCACAAUUUCUGUUCUCAUCCUGAAGCAAAGUUCUUAACCCGAGGUAUUAUUUCUGGGUUAGGAGAGUCUAUAACCUGAAGCGUCUGUAACCUGAAGCGUAAGUAACCCGAGGUACCACUGUACACGUACACAACACACUACCUUAUUUUCAUAACAUAAAACAUACCUACAUUACUCUAUAUAUUACCUACCUAUAUGGUACAUAUCAACAUACCUACACACCUACCCCACACGGACACCCACCAAGUGACUUCCAGCCGUUCUUGUUACUCUACUUCAUUUUUCCAACUAGCUUAAAGGCAUUUCAUUAUUUCUUUAAUCUCUUCUUCUGUCUUAACUUUACUCUCCUUUCACUCUAAUCAUUUUCUGGAUUCACUCAGUAUCUGUCAGAAAUUCUACUUUUCCCACGUAAAUGUUGAUGUAUUCCUUAAAGAUAGCCCACUCAUUCACUUUUUGUACCAGAUCUCCUCUUAUCCUCCCUGUUAGUUCGGCAAUAUGGAAGUAUUCCAUCAUUUUAGAUAACCAGUCUGUUUUAGUUGGGACGCUGCUGCUUUUCCUACUUCUGGCAAUCAACAACCUUGCUGCCAUAGUUGUGAAGUGCAGGGCUUUAUUUAAACUCAGCCCCAGAUCUUUCCACCAAGAGUCCCAGUCCAGAAUGCACAAAAGGAACAGCAGUGCCUCUGAGCCCAUGCAGAAGGCCUUUCCUUCACUAUUGAGCCAGUCGCUGGCACCUUUCUAGGCCUGCUUUAGCUCUGUGGUGUGGCUUGUGGGUGUGGUGGCAUCUCAGGCAGCCUCCUUGGGUUGAAUCAUAGAACUGUAGCGGUGAAAGGGACCCCAUGGAGUCAUCUAGUCCAGCCCCCUGCAAUACAGGAAUCGCAACUAAAGCAUCCCUGACCGAUGGCCAUCCAACUGCUCUGCUUAAACACCUCCAAGGAAGGAGAGUCCAGCACCUUCCACUGUUGAACGGCCCUUGCCACCAGCAAGUUGGGGAGCAGGGUCCUCCUCUGUCCCUCAAGGACCUGGCGUCCUUGCAUUCCAGCUUCCAUGGAGCAGACUGGCUCCUGCACUUCCCUCACCCGACAGGUGAUGGAGGACGAAGAACUCCACAGAAGACCCCUUGGCCAGAGCCUGGGAGAGGAGAAGGUCUCUUUGGCCCCUAGGUGGACAGCUCAGUGCUGGGCCAGGUGAUGGCUGCGUUUGCUCGAGAGGGAGGGAAGAGUUGGAAGGCGCUUUGCACGCGCUCUGAAGCAUUGCCUUGCUCAUUCAUCUCUGUGCUUUCCUCUGUGGCCACGGGAAGCGGGCAGGGGGCAGAGAAGGGCGUCUUCCUGCUUCCUCUAUUUGCACCCUUGUCUUCCAGGCUGCCUGGUGUGUCCUCCCUUCCCGGGUCCUCUUGGUUCUGACUUCACGGAAGGGGAUCCAGGUGAGAAACGGAGCCGGGGGCCACGGAAACCUCUGCCCCAGAAAGGCCCCAAGCCGGUGACCUUCCAGACCCACCCCGUCUUCUGGGAUGUGGACCGGCCCCCAGGAACCGCCUGCUGGAUUCUUCAGCGCCUCUUACCUUCCUCUCUCUGCUCUUUCCCCCUUCCCCCAAGAUGUACGAGUCGGACGGGUCCAUCAUGGUCUACUGGCAUGCCCUGGAGGGCUUGGAGUCACCUCCAGGUACCCUUUCUGUUCCUGGCAGGAGGGAGGGAGGGAAGGGCACCUGCUUUCAAGGGCAAAAGGGGGCUUGCCAUAUUUCAAACAGUGAAAAUCCAUUCAGCUUUCCUAUCUCAAGCCGCAGCAAUAGCAGGUUCCACCUUUUUGAUCCAAGACAGGAGAUAUUCCCCUCCCUUUAAAAAAAAAAAUACAUUUCAACAAUAAGUACAACAAGUUGUCUCAGUCCUGUGGAACAUGCUGCCACUAGAUAUUCAGUGGGUGCCUUCUGUGCCAACUUUUAAACACCUGCUGAAAGCCUUUCUAUUUUGCCAGGCCUAUGCAGACCAUUAAGAAGUCCUGUAUUUUUCGCUCCAUAAGAUGCACUUUUUUCCUCCUAAAAAGUAAAGGGAAAUGUCUGUGCGUCUUAUGGAGCGAAUGCGUGGUCCCUGGAGCCGAGUUGCCCAGGGGCAAAAAGCAGAUGGUGCUUUUUUUUUUUUAGAAAGAGGGAAGGGGGUGUUGAAACAAAGCAGCUGAUGGGCAAGUGAUUGGGACGGGGGGAGGUAAAAGCACAUGGAUCCUCAGGAUUUUUGCAUUGGAUCACCCCAAAUUCACCAUCAGAUCACAUAGCAUGUCCAUGGCUACAGCCUGCACCAAAAAAAUCACACACCCACUGUUUCGUGGGGCCACAAUGGUGCAAAAAUGUGGUUACAAAGCACGGGUCCACAUGGAUCCUCAGGAUUUUUGCAUUGGGAUACCCCAAAGUCACCGUCAAAUCACAUAUCAUGUCUGUGGCCACAGCAUGAACCACAAAAAUCAGACAUCCACUGUUUCGUUCAGAAUAUUUUUUUCCUUGUUUUCCUCCUCUAAAAACUAGGUGCGUCUUAUGGUCAGAUAUGUCUUAUGGAGCGAAAAAUACGGGUCCAUCUUUCCACAAUGCUCUGUCGAUGUUUGUUUUUAAUUUAUUUUUGCUUUUAACUUGUUUUUAACUUUUUAUUAAUCUAUUGCUCUGUUUCAUGUAAGCCACUGUGAAAUACUUUUAUGAUGCAGCAGUAUAUAAAUACUUCUAUAGACAAAAAAAAAAAACAAACAUCACAUUUCCAAAAGCAGAUCUAUAAAACACCCACUUUUCUUAACUACUGGAGACCAGUUACCCGUGGGGCAGAUUUGUAGUUUGGAAUCCUCCUGUCUCCUAUUCCUGUAGGCCCCUUCUCUUUCCCUCUAGUCCUGAUGUCUUCUCUGAAGUUGUGUCUCAGCAGGUCUGAGAAGAAGCAGAGAGUGGACUAGAAGAAGCAGAGGCCUCGGAGCUGAACCUUUUAGAAGCCCACCUCUUUUCUGAAUUUGCAUGGAGUCCUCCUGCUGGGGACGUGGCCUUGCACACCUCCAAACCCGUGAGGGGCGAGUAGCAAGGCACCUCCCUGGCACAUGCCUCCUGCCCGUUUGGAGGGGUGCACUUCCACGCCCAGGGAGCUCUGGGGCAAAGACCCCCAGCCAGCCCUGGGCCUCUGCGGCCGCCUGAUCUCUGCAUUCUCUCCUUUCCAGGGAAGGCUGUGUUUGCUCGUGGGAUCGCGGCAACCGGGCAGCGCUUCGUUUGCGUAGGUGAGGAAGCAGGAAGGAAACGUGGGGGGGGGGGAGGUCAGGGGAGGAGAGCCGAGCCGAGUCAAAGGCACUGCUAGGCGGGGGGGGGGCACCCCAUUGCUGUGGGUGAGAGUAGUCGACCCCCUGAGGACGUGCCAUGCCUGAAGCCUCACUUUGCUGUGUCAGUGGCAGCAGCUGCAGAAGGGAUUGGCGCCGUGGUUGAAUUUCACGGAGAUACGUUUGGCCAGGGGUCGGCAACCUAAGGCCCAUGGGCCACAAGCAGCCCAUGGGGGUCGUUUAACUGGCCCACGAGCUGCCCCCAAACUGAGCUGCCCGCUCAGCGAGUCCCUGCGCACUGCACUAAACCGGCAUGGCACAAGGACUCGCUUCCACGGCACCGGAAAUCACGUCUGCGCAGAUGCAGACACCAGAAAUCGCGAUCCAGUCCAUGGAGGGGUCUCCGCUGGAGUGAACCGGCCCAGGCGAGGUAAACCUUGCUGACCCCUGCGUUUGGCGGUGGGAAUGGAUAGCUAGUGGCACUGCUUUGCGGAGUUAGCCAGGAACGCCAUCUAACUCCAGAGGACAUAUUCGCCCCGCACGAAGGCCAGUUCCCCUGGGAGAGGGCUGCAAGGAGGGUUAGUGCGGAAUGGGUUGCCCCGGUGAGCUCACCUGGGCAGGUGGGAGGAUGCUCUUCCGCAGGUGAGGUGAAAGCGGCCCACCUGGGCCUGCUGCUUCAGAACCCCCUUGCCCGCCUUCCCUCUGCAGGGACGUCCCUGGGGUCGGUCCUCGUCUUCGACGUCCCCGCCAAAGGCACCAACGUCACUCUGAGCGAAGUCCUGGAGAAGCACUGCGACUCCAUCACCGACAUUGCCGGCGAGCUGUGCGAGCAGCCGGUAAGGAGGAGCUGGGAGCCGCCGGGUGGGUGCCGCUCCCACAGGGCUCCCAAGCCCCCUGCUCGGGGGGAGCUGCUGCUGCUGCUGCUUCGCCUGGACGUGGUCUCGCCUCGCCUCAGGUGCUGCUAUCGCCAUGGGCUCGUUGGGAAGCCAGUGGAGUCCCAUUUUGGCCCCAGGCGCUUUGCACCCAGUCCUUUGGCCUGAGUUAAAAGCUGGCUUGUUUCCAGGUCCAGCUGCGCUGCUUUGAUGCUCCCGCAGAGUGUGCCUGGGUUAGGGGGUGCUUCAGUUGGCACUGCCAACCCCUCUCCCCAGUCUGGCAAGGCCUGGUGUGAAGUCUGCACAGCUGGCUUUCCAGGCUCACCCUAGGAGGAGGGUCAUUGCAGGGUGCUUCUGUGGCAACCCAAGAGAUCAUUGCCCAAGGCACGGGUCCCCCAAAGGUCAUCUAGUCCAACCCCCUGCAAGGCAGGAAUCUCAGCUAAAGCAUCCCUGGCAGGGGGCCAUGCCAUGUUGUGACAGAAGUCCUGCAAACUUUUAACACGGAGCAAGCAUUACCCUCAGCAGCGCCUGGCGCCCAGCUAUGCGCUUGCCUUCCUGCCUAGAGCAGCAGCGACUGUUCUGCCUCUCCUCCUUGUGGGCUUUGCCCGGGUGCGUUGCUGCCAAGCGUCGUGGGGGCAGUGAGCCGAUUCUGCCCUUUCUCCUGCUGCAGGAAGGCGUGCCUGAUUUGGUGACGGCAGAUGACUCUGGAGCCUUGUGCGUCUGGUUUUCCGGAGAGAAGUUCACGCUGGCCAACAAGAUCCCGGCUUCUGAGUAAGCGCAGAAAGAGAGGGGCCUGCUCUGGGUACAAGGAUUUGGCCCUCCUGAAAGCAGUCAGCCCCGAGAGAGAGGGAAACAAAGCCUUGACCACUCUGGCCAUGGGGGGGGUGGCUAAUGGCCCUGAACGCAGCCCAGCCCUGCCCCACUCCGGGGCCUGAGCAGAAGCAGGCUGGCCCCAGCCUCUCCCCGUGGCCUGCCUUGCUCCAACCAGGCACCAUUCCCAGUCCUGUCCAGAGGUGCCCCUGGGGGUCAAGCCUGGGGCCCCCUGCAUGUCCAGCAGUUGCUCUUGCCCCCCCUGAGCAGCAGCAGCCUUCCCCCGGCACAGGAGCCUCACCCAAUACCCACCCCACGCCCAGGUGCACCUGCUCCUCCGUCAAGCUGUGGAACGGCAUCAUCGCGGCUGGUUACGGCAAUGGGCACAUUCGCCUGUAUGAGGCAGCAAGCGGGAUCCUGCGAGCGGAAGUCCGCGCUCACGCCCGCUGGAUCUAUGCCCUGGACCUGGCGCCCCUCUCGGGGAAGGUGGGUCUGUCCUGCGUUUGAGGAAGUUGGGGUUUCUCAGGAGAGGGGAAUGGUGGGGCAGGGCAGAGCCUCGCAGGUGCAGUAGAUCGGGCAGAGUGAGCCAGGCUCCAUCGCAUGCAAAAGGCGUCCUCUGACUGGGCCACUGACAUGCCAGGUUUGGGCAGGAGUGAGCCUGCACCAGUGGAACUCCUUGCCACAGGAUAUAGCAAAGACUAACAGUUCAGUGGCUUAAUGAGGGAUCUGUACGACCUGUGCCAAGGGGCUAGGAGCUCUGGUGGCAAUAUUUCAGAGAGAGGCUCUCUCCAGCGCUGCUCCCACCAGGAGGUGCCUGCUUGCCUGCUCUUGGCUGGGCUUCUGCUCCCUCUGCCUGGCACUGGCCACCCUUUCCACGCGCUCUCGGUCACUCCUAAGGGAGCUUUCCCUCCCCCCAGUAGAGCUGCCCCAGGCCCAAGCCAGGGGGGUGUUUUUGGGUUGUUGUUUAUAUUUUGAAUAUAUAUAUAUAUAUAUUGAGGUUUUUUAUGUUGAUCUUUUCUGUGAACCGCCCUGAGACCUCCAGGUAUAGGGCAGUAUAUAAAUUCAGUAAACAAUAAUCAAUGAAGGGAGGUCCCAGCCCCACUGAUGACUCCUCUCCCUACACAGCUCCUGUCGGUAGCAGAGGACUCCUUUGUGCAAGUCUGGAAACUGAGCCCCAGCCCUGACUCUGAGGGCAUUGAGGUGAGGCUGGCUUGCCUGGUUGGGUGGCCGUCUGUCAUGGAUGCUUUAGCCAAGAUUCCUGCAUUUCAGGGGGUUGGACUAGAUGACCCUUGGCUCCCUUCCAGCUCUUUAAAUUCUCAGAUUCCUCCAGGCACUUCUGCCAGGCACCCCCAGCCUCCUCCCAGGGGCAUAUCUCCUCUUGCUUGCCCACCCCACACUCUGCCCCGGCCAUGGACCCCACUUGCCCCCUUGAUUGUGUUCAGUGGGGACUCUCCUCCACUGGAUGUGGCUCCUGGGCUCAGCUGGGGGCUCGCCCAUGCAACCCGCUUCCUCCUCCUGGGCCUGUGAGUUGGAGCUUGGCGGAAACAGGAGCACCCACACUGACGAUGGGGGGGGGGGGCUGGCAUUGUUCCCAAGCAGAGUUGCAGACCUUUCUGAUUCGGCCAGUGGCUCUGCCUCUGUGUUCUCACAGAAUCAUAACCUUGACUCCCAGGACGUUUCCGAGCACAAUUCAAAGUGUUGGUGCGGACCUUGAAAGCCCUAAAUGGCCUCGGUCCAGUAGACCUGAAGGAGCGUCUCCACCCCAAUGACUCAGCCUGGACACUGAGGUCCAGCUCUGAGGCCCUUCUGGCGGUUCCCUCAUUGCGAGAAGUGAGGCUACAGGGAACCAGGCAGAGGGCCUUCUUGGUGGUGGCACCUGCCCUGUGGAACGCCCUCCCACCAGAUGUCAAAGAGAUAAACAACUACCUGACAUUUAGAAGACAUCUGAAGCCAUCCCUGUUUAGGGAAGUUUUUAAUAUUUAAUGCUGUAUUGUUUUUAACACUCAAUUGGGAGCCGCCCAGAGUGGCUGGGGAAACUCAGCCAGAUGGGCGGGGUAUAAAUAAAUUAUUAUUAUUAUUAUUAUUAUUAUUAUUAUUAUUAUUAUUAUUAUUAUAGAGUUGGAAAGGACCCCCCCGGGCCAUCUAGUCCAACCCCCUGCCAUCCAGGAACAUUCCCUCCUAGGAACACAGGGUUGCCUUAUACUGAGCCAGCCUAUCAGUCUACCAUCCAUAGCUGUCAAUCUUCCCUUUUUUGCGGGAAAUACCCUUAUUCCAGCGCUGCUUCCUGCUGCUAUCCCGGAUUGUUAGAUAUCCCGUAGGCUGUCCCUGGGACAGGUGAGGCUGCCCUUAUUUUCAAAGCUGAAAGUUGACAGCUAUGCUACCACCUGGCUUGAGAGCAGUACAUGUGAAAAGGAUCUAGGAGUCUUGGUUGACCACAAACUUGACAUGAGCCAACAGUGUGACGCGGCAGCUAAAAAAGCCAAUGCAAUUCUGGGCUGCAUCAAUAGGAGUAUAGCAUCUAGAUCAAGGGAAGUAAUAGUGCCACUGUAUUCUGCUCUGGUCAGACCUCACCUGGAGUACUGUGUCCAGUUCUGGGCACCACAGUUCAAGAAGGACACUGACAAACUGGAACGUGUCCAGAGGAGGGCAACCAAAAUGGUCAAAGGCCUGGAAACGAUGCCUUAUGAGGAACGGCUAAGGGAGCUGGGCAUGUUUAGCCUGGAGAAGAGGAGGUUAAGGGGUGAUAUGAUAGCCAUGUUCAAAUAGAUAAAAGGAUGUCACCUAGAGGAGGGAGAAAGGUUGUUUUCUGCUGCUCCAGAGAAGCGGACACGGAGCAAUGGAUCCAAACUACAAGAAAGAAGAUUCCACCUAAACAUUAGGAAGAACUUCCUGACAGUAAGAGCUGUUUGACAGUGGAAUUUGCUGCCAAGGAGUGUGGUGGAGUCUCCUUCUUUGGAGGUCUUUAAGCAGAGGCUUGACAACCAUAUGUCAGGAGUGCUCUGAUGGCGUUUCCUGCUUGGCAGGGGGUUGGACUCGAUGGCCCUUGUGGUCUCUUCCAACUCUAUGAUUCUAUGAUUCUACCAUCCCUAGUGCUGUCAACACUGGCUUGCAGCAGCCCUUUAGGAUUUCAGUCAAGCCUGCCUGCGAGAUGCCAUUUGAGAUUGAAUCGGAGACCUUCUACCAUGCAGAACAGCCUUUCUGCCCCUGAGCUUUAGCCCUUCCCAUGGCAGCCCAACAUUCCCCCAUAAAAAUAUAACAUGGUGCUUCCUCCCCCAUCUGUUUCCAAACGAACUGCAGAGCCUUGAAGCAACAUUCUCGUUUGCUUUAAGCUGAGCAGCAGGUCUAGAGGGCAGAGGAUGGAGGCUGCAGGAGCCCAGGGCCUCCCAAGGGCAACGAGGGGAGAGGAGGAGGAGGAGGAUGAAAGGGAUUUGGGUGGCUUAUUUCCCCCCCCCCCCAUGCCCCAGUCAGAAGUGGAAGAGUUGCAGCAAGCCCACUGCUCUCUUCCUGGCCCUGCCAGAGGAUGGGGAUCAGGGAGUUCCUCUAGGGUGGAUACCCAGAAUGACAUGGUGCCCCCCAUCUCUCCCCAGAUUCAGCACUGCCACGCGGAAUGUGUGACGGACACCAUGAUCUGCGGCGCCCGUUUCUGCAACCCCGAGGGCAGUGCCUUUGCAGUCACCGGCUUCGAGCUCAGCGAGAUAAUCCACUAUGUCCUGGUGUAGCCCUUCCUGGCCGCAGGAGAGGGGACCAUCUGGAGGCAGGCCUGGGGGUGGGACGGAUAAAACAGAGGCUCUCUGAGCAUCCUGCAGAGGGGGCUCAGGGAACAGGCAUCAGGGGCCCAACUUGCCUCCCCCUUUUAGGGCCACAGCCCCCAAAACGCUCCCUUCCACUGUCUGCACUCCAGGGAAGGCAGGGAGCACAAAUCCUCAUGUGACCCCCCCCCCAUUGCUUUCACCGUCAUGCUAUUCAAAGCCCCAAGGAGCUGAUGUCUCUGCCUUGCCCCCCCCCCCUUAUUCUGGCUCCAGAACCAGGGACACAACCGUCCUUACCCAGCGGAUGGGGGAGAAGAGGCGAGAAUAUUUCCCAGGGCCUCACACUCACAGACCCAAAGAACUUGGGGGGGUGGGGUGGAGAGAAGUAACUGCCCAGGCACUGAGAAAUGGGUGCAGGCUGGAAGAAUGAUUGCUUCCCCCACCUGCCCCCCCCAUAUCUUAGUAAUAUAUCCUCCUCCUCCUCCUAUUAGAAAGGCCCUUGUCAAGGGCGGUGCUUGGCUCCAACCAGGCUGAUAAAAGUUGGCAGCUGUCUCUGAUGGAAGUGGGCUCCCAUUGCCCAGACCCACGGACGGGGUGCUGGGAUCCAGGCUGAAGUGGCGCUUGGCCCGGAGGGGGCACAGUUCUGAAAGGACGGCCAGUUGCAGGCCUGCCUGCCCCCACCAGGCCUGGCCCUCCGACAGCUUCUCUCCCAGAUACAAAGGGCCCAGUGCUGGUGGGAGACCCUGGCGUGCCCCCCACCCUGCAGCCGCCUCUUGCUUGGGGUGGGGGGCACUAGUUUUCCCAGCUGGGCCACAGCUCAGUCCUGCUGUUCUCUGCCUCCCACCAGGAGAGGCUCCACAGGAGGGUCAGCCUACCGGUGGCCACAUUUAUUUAUUUUUCACAUCUAUUGCUGUAGCAAGAAAUGGAAAGGAGAAGCUGAGCCGCAGUUCUUCAAACCAACCAUGCGGGGGGCAGGGAGUCAUAUUAGGUUGUUUCUUGUGCCAGGGAAAGAAGAUGAGCCCAGCACCAAGACCCUCUUGCACCCCAGUGACAGGACAGGACUAGUCCCCCCGCCUCCUGGCACUCUGAUCACUAGCCAGCUGCCCAGCACCUUGCGGCAGGAGGGGGCAGGCCCCUGGCUCUCCCCAGGGUGCUGGACUCCACAUCCCGCCCCAGUCCCUGACGGACUGGAGAGUGGCAGGUUCCCUGGCCCAAGAGCAGCGAGAAGCCCCCAGGAGGGUCUCCCGUGGGUGCAAGUCAGGUUGUGAAUGUAUUGUUGUUCACACGAGUUUUUUGUUCAGAGUUUUCGCCAUUUUUGUCUACGAGCUGAACUGUGUUUUGCUAGAUGAAUAAAGAUGUGAACUGCUAGCCACC